CCGCUCGUUCUUCGUUUCCACAACAGAUCAAGUGACUAUCAGCUCUCAGUAGUAGCUAUCACGCGCUAAAAUGGCAUUGUGAAGGCGUGCGGCGGCUAUCCUUGCAGUGGCAACAACCUGGCAGUGCAACGGCUAAGUGCACUGGCUAUUUCUGGCAAAAUGGCGUCUCUCUCGGCAACCACCCUCAGCUUUGCUGCCGUCGACAGCAGUACCGAACCCCUCGACUUGCUAACGUCAUCGGACUCGCCUUUGUUUUUAUUCACCCGUUCACGGCUACCACUGACCAGCAGCAGCCAUGACACUUUCCCAGCUGGCCUUGGGGGACGUGGAGGCCCUGUACUUAGGGCCCUCGUUUCUGAUGGCUGACCCCAUGGGGCCCCUUCUGGACCAAGAUGAAGAAGAAGCUCUUUCUCCCUCCUCCUCUCUAGAGGGGAAGGCGCCAGCUUCGCCCCCCCUCUCUUUAUCUUCCUACGUAUCCUCCCUGUCUCCCUUUCAGACCUUGUCAUCCUCCCCACUCUCUUCUGCUUCCCCACCUCCCUCUCCUCCUCCCACACAUCCCUCCUUGUUUCUGGGAACCAAGGCUGGAGCGGACUCGCUGUCCCUCCCCUGGCUGGGUGCCAGCGAUUUGCUCCAUGCCCACAUUGGAGCAGAUGAUGGCAAAGCAGGUGAUGCCUUCACAGGCAUGGAUUGGAUGUCAGAGAAAAUUGACCUGAGUGAAUUUGACUUGGAUUCCCUCAUUGGCUCCUGCUCAUCUGAAGAUUCUCCCAGCUCCCCCGAGGAUCUCCUGGCCUCGCUCGACUCCCACAUGGAUCUGGAUCUAGAGUCCUUCGACACAACCAUCCCCACCUCACCUGACAGCCUGGAGCUGGGCCUGUCACUGGCCGGUAUCCCCUCCCUCCCUCUGGAUCUCCCUCCUCCUGGGACAGCUGAGGCCAAGAAGACAGAGAUGGUUCCUGAUCAGGAGGUUGAUAUGAAGUCUGAGCCUCCCUCCCCAGCUCCCGCUCUGUCUCCCCCCUCUCCUCAAGCCUACACAUUGGAGCUAGGAAGUGAAGUGGAUGUGCUGGAUGCAGAGAAAACGGCUGCAUCUCUCACCAACACCACCACCACCAUCAUCCCAGAACCCAGUGGAAACAUUCAGACAACUACCCCCAUCGUGCUGUCCAUUCCCACAUCUCACAUUGUAGUGGUGCUCGCCAACAAAGACGAGCCUUCCCUCGUAUCUCUUGCGGACCCGUCCAUUAAAACCUCUCCUCGAUCAAGCGACUGCGAAGACGACUCUGGAAUCGAGUCAGUUGCUGGCUCACCAGCUCGCCUCCCAUCUCCUCCUCCCACCCCCUCCCAUACAGCUGGUUCCUCCAGGACCAAACCCUACUCCAAGCCGGAGCCCUCUACCGCUUCCUCCCCCUCGGCCAAGGUCCCCAGGGUCAAAUCGGUGUCUGGUGCUCCUAAAGUGGUGGAGAAGAAACUGAAGAAGAUGGAGCAGAACAAGACGGCAGCCACUCGCUACCGACAGAAGAAGAGGGUCGAGCAGGAGCUGCUGAACUCAGAGUGCGAAGAGCUGGAGAAGAAGAACAAUGAGUUGGCAGAGAAGGCAGAGUCCAUCAGCCGAGAGAUCCAGUAUCUCAAGGACCUGAUGGAGGAAGUUCGUAAGCACCGCCGCGGCAAGACCAGCUCGGUGGCUUAAACACCAGGAUGCUUAUGUGGUACAGUCUCGCUGUUGCAGAGUAGUGAUGGGGUUGUGUUUCUUGCUCCAGUGCUCACAUGCUAUCGCAAAGAAAUGUGUUCUAGUGUUAGAAUUGUAUGUUUUAAGAGAUUAUUAGGCAAAUGGCAUGUGAGGGUGGAUGUAUGAAACGCAGCAUUGAACAGAGAGAAGGGAAUAGCUGAAGGAAAAGUGAAGAGCCUCUGAAAGUUGAGAUUAUUAGUUUAGAGCAGGGGGCUGGGAGGUAGUCAGGUGAAGCAUCUGUACAUGCUUGUCUCUCAGUCCCCUGUUAGAUCCCCAUGUGUACUCCCUGCCUCACUAGCAGUACUUGUACAGGCAGGGUGUAUAUUUGUCUUUGUAGAUUAGGCAUGCAAAACACAAGUCACCAUAGCUCCCGGUAGUGUUGUAGACUUUCAAACCCAUUGACGAGAGAUUUCCCUCACACUCCCAGCAUCAGACAAUAGCUCGAUCCCAGCCCAGCUUCAAGAAAAUAACUCCUGUAUCAGUAAAGUGAGAAACCACUUCAACCUUGUUACCCACCCACUCCUUUUUAAUCCAGUCUCACCCCAUUUUGAUCUUCCUCUUAACAGCUUCAAGUCCAGAAAGGGGCCUCAUGAAUUCUUGAUGUAACACUGUUUUCUUUUUUUUUUUUUAAUGUGUAUAUAGUUUUCUUCUCCUUUGCUUGCCGAUCGUGGCUUUUGUUAUUUAAUGCUGGAUAAAACUUGAUAAUGUCUCAAGUAGCUCAGUCUCUUAGCGCAGGUGUUUGGCUUGUAAAAAUGCAUUGCUCUUUUUUCUAAUAAAUAUCUAUCAGUACCCAA